AUGCAGGCAUCAAGAGCGAGGUUGUUCAAGGAAUACAAAGAGGUUCAGCGAGAGAAGGCGGCUGAUCCCGAUAUUCAACUAGGACCAUCUGAGACACCUUAUGAAGGCGGAGUCUUCCAGCUUGCUUUUGCUGUCCCUGAGCAGUACCCUUUGCAGCCUCCUCAAGUGCGGUUCUUGACAAAAAUAUUUCAUCCCAAUGUGCAUUUCAAGACAGGAGAGAUUUGCCUUGAUAUAUUGAAGAAUGCUUGGAGCCCUGCAUGGACACUUCAGUCUGUUUGUAGGGCUAUAAUAGCUUUGAUGGCUCAUCCGGAACCUGAUAGCCCGCUUAACUGUGAUUCAGGCAAUCUUUUAAGGUCUGGUGAUCUCAGAGGAUACCAGUCUAUGGCAAGAAUGUACACCAGACUUGCUGCCAUGCCCAAAAAAGGGUGAACAUUUAUGGUGCUAUGAACCGCCUUAAAAUUGUAAGAAUCGAUUAUUGUCAGCAAUUUACUUUUGCCUUUUAAACUUCAUUGUAGAAAUUCAAGAAUAUCUCUUACUUUUCUGAUCCAAAAAUAUCAAUUCCCAGCUA